CCCACCAUCGCUACCAUUGACGGUGCAGUACCUUCGUCGCCGUAUUCGGGAGACACAAGUCAAGCAUGGAUCGACAGUCAGUGUAUACGUUGAGCCUGUUCGGCGAGGACCGAAGCGCAAAUGGUGGGCAAGAGACGAACAGACAGACCCAGCAGGAACUGGUAGACUUCAUCCUCGACUUUCGGCUGGAAGACACCUUCAUAUACCGUGAUCAGAUACGGGAGAACGUGCUGUCGAAACAGUACUACUGCGACGUCGAUAUUGCGCAUCUCAUCGCCUUCAACGAGCACCUGGCGCAUAGGCUGAACAAUGAGCCGGCGGAUAUUAUACCCUUAUUCGAAGCCGCACUCAAGACCGCCACACAGAAGAUCCUCUACCCCUCAAGAAGCGAAGACGACCUCCGCCUGGGCAAAGCUCUACCAGAACAUCAGCUCCUCAUCCACUCCUCCGUCACACACACCACCAUCCGCGGACUAACGGCAACAAAUGUCUCUCACCUCGUCCGAAUCCCAGGUAUUGUCAUCGGUGCCAGCACGCUCAGUUCCAAAGCCACCAGUCUCCACAUCCAAUGCCGGAACUGCGACUACACCUCCAACAUCGCCGUUCAGUCCGGCUUCACUGGCAUCACCCUCCCUCGAAUCUGCGGCCGAGAGAAGGGCCCCAAUGACGACGGCGACAAGUGUCCACUCGACCCCUAUUUCGUCGUCCACGAAAAGAGCCAGUUCAUCGACCAACAAGUCCUCAAACUGCAAGAAGCACCCGACGACGUCCCCGUCGGCGAGCUGCCCCGCCAUAUCCUCGUCUCCGCAGACAGAUACCUCGCCAACCGCGUCGUCCCCGGCUCCCGCUGCGUAGUGAUGGGCGUCUUCAGCAUCUACGCCAGCCAAAAGAACUCCAAAGGCAGCGGCGCAGUCGCAAUCCGCAACCCCUACCUCCGCGCCGUCGGCAUCUCCACAGACCUCUCCCACAACACCUCCGGCAGCGCGGGCAUGCACUUCACGGAAGAGGAAGAGCAAGAAUUCCUCGAGCUCUCCCGCCGCCCGGACCUCUACUCCCUCUUCGCCUCCUGCAUCGCCCCCUCCAUCUACGGCAACGCUGAUAUCAAAAAAGCCAUCGCCUGCCUGCUGCUGGGCGGCAGCAAGAAAAUCCUCCCCGACGGCAUGCGGCUGCGUGGGGACAUCAACGUUCUACUCCUCGGCGACCCGGGGACGGCGAAAUCCCAACUCCUUAAGUUCGUCGAGAAAUGCAGCCCCAUCGCCAUAUACACCUCUGGCAAGGGCUCCUCAGCCGCCGGCCUUACCGCUUCCGUCCAGCGGGAUACAUCUACCCGUGAAUUCUACCUCGAAGGCGGCGCCAUGGUUCUCGCGGACGGGGGCGUAGUCUGCAUCGACGAAUUUGACAAAAUGCGCGACGAAGACCGCGUAGCAAUCCACGAAGCGAUGGAGCAACAGACCAUCUCCAUCGCCAAAGCAGGCAUAACCACCAUCCUCAACGCGCGCACCUCCGUCCUCGCGGCCGCGAACCCCAUCUUCGGCCGCUACGACGACCUCAAGACGCCGGGGGAGAACAUCGACUUCCAAACCACCAUCCUCUCCCGCUUCGACCUCAUCUUCAUCGUCCGCGACGACCACGACCGGAACCGUGACGAGACCAUCGCCAAGCACGUCAUGAAUAUCCACAUGAACGGGCAAGGACCCCGCCACAAUAACAACGACAACCAGGCUGAAUCCGAGAUCCCGGUGGAAAAAAUGAAAAGGUACAUCUCCUACUGCAAAUCCCGCUGCGCCCCGCGCCUCUCCGCCGAAGCCGCGGAGAAACUCUCCUCCCACUUCGUCUCCAUCCGCCGGCAAGUCGCGCGAGCAGAAGCGGACGCCAAUCAGCGGUCCUCCAUCCCGAUUACGGUGAGGCAGUUGGAGUCUUUGGUGCGGAUUACGGAGGCCUUGGCGAAGAUUGAGUUGCAAGCCGUUGCCACGGAGCGGCAUGUUGAUGAGGCGAUCCGGCUGUUUUUGGGGAGUACGAUGGAUGCUGUUAUGGCGGGGAAUCGGACAGGCGGAGGGGUAGGAGGGAGUCGGGAGGUGGUUGAGGAGGUGCAUAAAGUGGAGGAGGAGUUGCGGAGGCGAUUACCAAUCGGGUAUACGUCUUCCCUUGCCACGCUGAGAAGGGAGUUUGUGGAGAGGAAAGGGUAUAGCGAGCAGUCGCUCAAUCGGGCGCUGCAGGUGCUUGUUAGGCGGGAGACGGUGCAGUUUCGGAGGGGUGGGGCGUUGGUGCAUCGGAGUGGUGUGUGAUGUGUUUGUGUUUGAUCUGUCAGCGGCUGAAAGACAACGUGGAUUGGGCGUUGAACGGCGAUGGUGUGGCUUAAGGGACGAGUGAUGAACGGAGAGGGACCGUAUGACGGUACUGGAUUGCUGGUCGCUAUGGUAAGGCGCCUUGGCGUAGGGGACGAGGUAUGGGAUAUUGAGCGGACUCAUAUGACGAUGAGCUUGAGCAGAUCCGUACUUACUCGCGCACGCUAUGCCCUGUAUUUUACAGACAGUGCCGGACACGACGUUCCGUUCAUUGCACCUUGACUCACCGGUCCGUAGUCAUGCAGGAGCGCGAUUGGUCGUCCACGGCGGCUGCAGCUGCAAGGCUGGCUUGUUCAUCCACGACGCAUAGAAGCAUGAAAGAACAGCAUCUUGUAUUCGCGGGUAACAUGUUCUCUUGUCCGCAUGCCCCGUUAAUCACGAAUGCUUCGUUGAUGCGACGGACAUACAAGCCU